AUGGCGCAAGCUGUAGCCGACCUAGGGGAAACAAAUUAUAUGACUUCCGGAGGGCAGGCUGAGCAGAGGCUGAAGGACUUCAUGAAGUCACCCUCUAUUGGGGGCCUCUUUAGUUCUCCCCAAAUGGAGCUGUGUGGUCCUCCAGAGGAGGACAAGACAGGUAGCUGUGACUUGGCCAGGUCCUGCUCCUUCCAAUACAGCCGGAGGGUAAUUCCCUGGGUCUGGGUGCAAACCUAUGAAUAUGCCAGCAGCAGCUGCUCCCAGAAGACUAUUCACUAUUAUACUAAAAGAGGCAAGAAAAUCUGUGCCCAACUGAAGGAAAAGUGGGUGCAAAGAUAUAUUUCUUUAUCAAAGACUCAGCAACAAUUGUGA